AGAAAAACUGCGAACUACGAUCAUAGAGUUGAACCGCAUUCAGUGAGAUGGUCCUUUAUAUGAUUGGCUGAUUCUGAGGAUUUACUUUCUAGAGAUUAUGCUCUAAGUAUUACGUACUCAAAGAAUGCUUAUAAUUUUUAAUAAAUUUCUUUUUGAUUUUAUUCCAGCUUACUCAUAUAAACAUUAAUUAUUAGGCAUAUGAACUAAAAAGAGUCAUCUCGAUCAUACUGAGCUAUAAGCAAAAUUUAUUUUCAUUGUUAGAAUUUGUCAUCAACUUUUUCCUCCAAUUCGGUUUGUUUUGAUUCGAUAUUUUUCUGGGGUCGUUCUCCUUAAAAUUAAAAUAUGGUCCAAAGAUUGACGUACAGACGAAGACUGUGCUAUAAUACUCAGUCUAAUAGGGUGAAAAUAUCUAAAACACCUGGUGGAAGACUUGUAUAUCUUUAUCCUGGUAAACCUGGAAAAAUCCCAAGAUGUGGAGAUUGUCAUUUGAAAUUGAGAGGAAUUACUCAUGCUCGACCUAGAGAGCUCUCUGCAUUGUCAAAACGACACAAGACAGUUACUCGAACGUAUGGUGGAUCUAGAUGUGGAAAGUGUGUUAGAAGCAGAAUCAUUCGAGCAUUCCUCAUUGAAGAACAGAAAAUAGUUGCUAAAGUUCUUAAAGCACAGCAGAUGACCGCCAAAGCAACAAAAUAACUUGUUUUAAAUAAAUUAUAAUGAAAAAAGA